ACAAAAUCAAAAAGCUAUUAUUAUAACAAUAUAAAAUAUGAACACAUGGUCCUUGGUCACAAGACACAACACGAAAAGAUUAUUCCAAAAAGGGAUUUUAAGUUUAGGCUCUUCGCGUCAAAGUUACAAUCAACAAACAAUACAUGUUUUUAUCCCGAUUAGGAGUAUUGUCUAGAAUCUUCAUAUAAAUGGCCCGAAUUCUCUUAAUUCUGCUUUCGAAUAACUAUAUUUUAAUAGUCAAUCUCUUUUAAAGUCAAUCAGUAAUGACUUCAAAAACAAUUAUAAUUCCAAAACCCUCCAAUGCUCAAAUAUCGCUCUCUCAGUCAUUGUCGAAUAAUGAAACCCCAAUGAGUACUCAAGCACCAGGCUAUUCAAGUUGUAAUCCAAUAAAUUUGGAUCUGGAACUGAAUCUGGAGCUGGAUCUGAACUUCGAAGAUGCUUUAAAUGACUUCAGUCAAAAAGAUAUCAAAUGUGAAAAUUCCAACGGUGAGCACAUUUGGCAGAUCCCCCAAACAUAUAGGCAGAGUCCCCAAUCGUAUAGACAGAGUCCUCAAUCGUAUAUGCAGAGUCUGCCAAGUUCUACAAUGCAAGCUACUCCAACAAAGACUAAUCUGUCAAAAGACAAAUUUGACUACUUGGCCAAGAAUUCCUUUGUGUUUGUUGAGUCUCUUGGAUACUUCUACCUGGAAAAAGGACAGUUUUUUGUCUCGUCAGAUUCGAGAUAUGCAGACUACAAGUUAAGCACAAAGUCGAAGCAAAGCUAUCUUGACUUCAUUAGGAAAACAACAAAACAAUCACCUUAUUAUAACCAAAUAGAACGUGAGUCAAAUAUUGUCAAUGUGGCUACUAUUCCAAACCCGAUCCCUGGCAUUGAUGUAGUAGACUUCGCCUUUUGUGAUACCUGUAAAGAAACCAGAAAUGUUGGCCGUCUCCCGGUCAAAUGCCCCAGUCAUGGAUACAUGAGAAGAGGAGAAGGCUAUAAAGUGGAACUGGGGGGGUUUUUUCUUUUGAAAGAAUACCAACGUAGACCUUCCUUACCAGAUACUCCUCCGCCAAGCACUCCAAAUGUGACAGUUCGAAGUCCAGCCAGACUUUGUUCUUCUCCCAUCUUCGAUCGUUCUUUUUUCAUAAAUAGGGAACUAAUGGGCUCUCGCUUCACCAAUAGAGCCUUACAAGUCCAAUUGAAGGGUUCUCUAAUCACCAAUAUGUGUGUGAGUCAAUGCGAAAAUAUGACCGCUAAUGCCUUUUUGCAAAAAUAUGCCAAUAUCGUAUACAUUCCUUAUGUGGGGUUAUACUGGCACGAACACAAAUGUAUGUUUUUGGUUAGAAACUCCGCAAUUGUUCGCAACUCGUUGUCUACUAUCAUUGACAGAUACAUGUUUCUAGAAAUACAUAUGCAAGCAGUAUUAUUGAAUUCCAACUACUGGCAUUUAUUAACCGGCUUUAAUGCAUUGGUCGAGACAGCAAAAACAAUUAUUUGGUUGAACGAACCCCUUCAAGGCAUAGAGCCUUUAGUGAUCCACUACUGCCCUAAUUGUAUCAAUUCGGCUAUCACCGAUGGCCGUUGUGAAGUCGAUAAUCUAAAUGCUCUAACUGGGAUGGGAUACAGAAUGGAGCAGGGGUCAAUUUUCUUAUUGAAACUGAGUGGAGAAAUGACAGGCCAAAGGAGAAAUGCUUCUGAAUCCGAAUAUAUUGCCUCUGAUUCGGAUGCUCUUUUCGUUGGCGAAGAUGAUUUAAGGUCGGUAGACUUAGCUUCUGAUAUGGAAACCUUUACAGUAGAUGAUGUUCAAGAAGGAGACUUUAGGUCAUUUGAUGAAGCUUCUGAUUCUGAUAUUGACUUUGCAGAUGAUAAUGUUCAAGAAGAUGAAGAAUUGAUUGACCUUGCAAUAGAUAAUGUUACUGAAUCGCAUAAUGAUGAAUCAGAGAUUUCAGCCUAUGACACUGAUGAUGACUAUGAUAAUGAGCAUGGUUCGGACGAAGAUUUAUUGUAUGAUAAUGGCCUUGUCAGUAACUCCACUGUUAGUGGAUGGUCUCAGUUGAAAAGUAAAGGUAUUAUUCGAAUCAACAAUCUUGUUUGGCUGAGAGGGAAAAAUCACUUUCUUGACAUCUCCUCUAGUACUUUCAGGUCAUUUCUCCUGGAAAGUGUGUCACAUGCACAGUGUACCCAGAUGUUAGAACACAUUCAGGAAUACAUCGAAGCCAUGCCUCAGUACUACAGACUUCCAGAAGGUACCAAGGGUAGGACAUUUGAAAUUUCCCGAGCCUUUUCAAGACUCCCUCCAACAAUACAUACGUACUGUUCGGAAUGUGGAUUUGUAAUAGGAUUCAAUGAGAACAAUGAAAACAUAAGAAGCACUACUCGUCACGCAAAGAAUACUGGACAUGAUAGAUUCAUCAGUCGCGAAGGAUAUGCAAUCAAGGCUGCAACGGGAUUCAAUCUCUUGGUUAUAUUUGGGUCCAACGAAACAAUCAGUACAGGAGAAUUGGAAGAUAGCGACUUCGAUGAUGAAGAGUUAGUUAUUCCUUCAUUCGAAGACGAACUGGAGACUAAUCAUGAAUACAUAGUGGAGCCGUACUCGACAGACGAGGAGGAAACUGACUGCGAACAAGAGUCCCGAACUCUUCCACCUCCAACUCAGGAAGAACAAAACGUAGUCGCUGAACUAUUGGAGGAAUCCCACAGCCUAGUUUACGAUCCAAUCCACUGUUUAUACUACUAUAUAACAAACGAACGUUAUAUUGACGUGGAUGCAAGGUUUUUCAAGAACAUAUUGGAAGAAAUUGGGGACGGCAAAAGUCGUAUUCGAAACUUGGUGGAGCGUGUCAUUAGCACUCAAAUCAUUGACUCCAGCAAAUUCCAGAACAAGAUAACAAGAGGCCAUAUCUACUGGAGUCAAAAUAUUUCCCAAGUUGCUAGCUCGAAGAAGUUAUGCUAUUGUAAACAGUGCUAUCAGGUUUUUAAAACAAAAACUGCCUUUUCUAGGCACAGGCGCGAACGUGCAAGCAUGGUCGACAGAGAAUAUGCUGGUCAUGAUAAAAGAGGGGAUUUUCAAGGAUAUCUUAUAGAGCGACCAAGGGGCCUAUAUUAUGCAAUUGGAAUUCAAGAUGAAGCCGUAGCUGCAGCUGAAGCUGAAGCCGCAGCUGUAGCCGAAGCCGUAGCUGUAGCCGGAGCCGAAGCCGAAGACGAAGCUCAGGCACAAGCUGCUGCACCUGUUCAAGAUAGUACGGGACCGAGUAGGCAAUGGGUUAUGGGGGGACCCGGGUGGACGGUAGAAGAAUACGAAGGCAAGGUAAAGUGGUUAGAGGGCAAGCUAGGUAUGGCACCCGACCAAUACUUGGCCAGGCACAACUAUUUGCUAGUGAAGGAGCUUGGCUUAUACUACGAUUUUAAGCAGAAGUGGUUCCGAAGUAUAUCGCACAGGUUGGUGAGGAAGGUUUUCUUUGGCGGCUUAAUGCUGUCGGUGAGGAAUGUGUUAAUAUCUUACAUGCUCCACAAUAUGGGUAGGAAGUAUGAAUACAUGUUGGCACCCAGUCACCAUCAACACGUCGUAACUUUGGAAGCAGCAGUAAAAUAUGACGGCCCAGUGGUGGUUGUUGAAGAUGGCAUCGAAAAGCAUCUCGAUUUCAAGUUGGUAGAUAACUGCGUGCAGCCAACUAAAUACUACAUGUGUCAUGUGUGUAAGUUCAUUUCUCACCACGCCAGGGUUUCCAUUCAUAUCAAACAAGCCAAGCACCAACGAGAAGAGGGACCUGAAAAACAUAUUGUCUAUGGUUACAGUGUUCGAAACGCAGAGGCCAAGACGAAUUACUUCCGAAUUCAAGAUCUGAGCUUAGUGGAUAAUUUUUUCAAACCAACAAAGAGCAUUCCUGACUUGCGAAGUGUAGAUCCAUUUUUAUCCAGAUACAAAGCGCAUGAGUAUACAAAGUAUCGCUCAUUUUUAAACAAGUCUGGUGACAAAAGGUGGCCACGUUUGGUACAAUUGUGUAAGACAUAUGUAUCGAAGAAAAGAUUAUCAUUGACACCUGGGUCUUCGCUCUCAGUGCUCAUCACAAAUUCCAGGUUCUGUAGCACUCCAAACUCUGCCCUGCCAUACGGACCCAUGUUAGCUAGAUUUCUCUAUGUCGCCAUGAAAAUGUGUGAGUUGAAGGAACAUCAAGCCAUGAAAGACUUUGAUCAAGUAUUCUGUGCCAACAAAAAACAGGGAUUACGAAGAUUUUUCAGUCAAAUGAAGAUAUUCGGGGUGUUCUGGUUGUUGUCUCCGGUGCAAGUGUUGCAGGAAGACGAUGCAAACUGCAUGGAAGAUGUGUUUAUGCGCAGUCUAAUGGUGUGUCUAAUUGACGAAGCAGGGGUCGGAUUCAAAAUCACGUCGUACCGGUGCGAUUUCUGCUGCGCUGUACUUUUUGCAUUCAAAUGUAUAGCUGUUGAUGUGAUGAAAAAAGACGAGUCAUAUAUCUAUCCUUUUGUUCAGGAUUGUAACAAGACAGGGUCAAUAUCACUCAACUUUGGCCGAUUUUGCAAGUUCAAUAACGAGCUACAUUCGUUAAGUCCUCGUACAAUUGGAAGGACCAUCCAAGUGAUGCGUGUUGGAGACAAGGUCAAAAUAAAUGGAUUUGAAGUAGCACUUGACGACAUCAAAAGAUGGGUGCAUGCUGCUAUUGAACAAUAUGUACUUGAAACUCAGGAACUUUUCAAGGACAUCAUCUUGACACCGGCUAUGGCCAUGCAUGAAAUGGUGGCGGCACAGAAAAAAAGAGUUGUUGGAGUGCCUAUGACAGGUUACAGAUGGGAUCAAAGAGACAUCGAUACAUGCUUGGAAAAUAAUCUGGUUGAUAAGUCUGAUAGCAAAAGUCUUCAGUAUUGCCGACGCCGACUUUCUAGAUUAAACGACUUUUUAUUUUAUAUGAUCUUGUUGACGUGUGGGUCGCCUUAUCGUUUAACAGAAUUAUACCUGGUGCUUAUACGUGACGCACAUAGAUUGGGAAGUAAUGUGUUUGUUGCUGAUGGGAUGCUUGGACUCUUUACCAACAAUGGAAAGAACACUAUGAAAUACAGUCGAGUACGUCCUAUUGUCAAGAUGCUACCAGAAGAAGUGUCGGAGUGUUUGGCUCACUAUAUCUACUUUGUCAGGCCGUUCGAACAUAAACUUGUGGAGUAUGAAGAACAGACUGGUUCAAUGAAUGUCACUGAGUUUGAGAACCUCAGUGAUAAAUACAAGCUCCAUUUAUUCAUGGGAGAAAAGAACAUCAAAAGCAGUACUGUCCUUGGAAAGUCGUUCCGUCAGUUCAUGGCUUCAACAACUCCAUAUCUUAGAGGACUCAAUUAUGGGGAAAUAAGACAGGUGCUUUCAUAUUUAGUUGCGGAGAAUGUCUCUGGGAUGGUUGGAUUACAGAUCAUAAUUGACAAGGCUCUUGCCGAACAGGCUGGGCAUUCUUUUAAUAGGUUUGUCGAAAGCUAUGCCACAAAUAGAGAUGGAUAUAAUCAUGUCAUGCUUCGACGAAUGAGAGACUGUCUGGCAGCAUGGCAUAAGUGUUUGGAGAUGUCCACUCUUCAAAUAUUUUCACCUAGUAUAUGGAUUGAGGACGAACCACCUAAAUUGACAGGUGAAGAACUUCUAGAUGCUGGCAGACAGAUGUUUGGGCAACACUUUAAGUUCAAGAAGGGGCAGCAACGGGCCGCGUCGGAUGUGGCUAAUUGCUUCAGUAUGACGGUGGCCAUUAACCUGGGAAAGACGACUUGUUGUAUCAUUGCGAUGUUGGCGGAGCUUUCUUUCAGUCGUCGGCAGUCCGAACGAGGUAGAAAGAUUCACUUAGUUACCAUAUUAGUGGUACCUUACAUUUCUAUACUCAACUCCACCAUCCGGCAAUUGACAGAGUUAGGAUUCAAGGUGCGUACGUUUCGUGGAGUAGAUGCACUGGUCAAUGACUACGAUGUUCUAUUGAUGCUGGUUGAAGACGGGCAACUUAGAUAUCUUAAUCAAGUAAUCCGAUAUUUUGAGUCCACGGCUCAUCAAGGCAGGAGCUUUCUCCGGCGGGUGGUGAUUGACGAUGCCCAUAUAUUGCAGAUGAAAGAUUUUGUGGUCGAUGGAAACCGAAAUGUACCCGUCGUAUUUUUGACAUCAUUCCUUCCGCAGGUUUCAGACAAUUCGAUGCGGACGUUAUUUAGUCUCAAUCGGUUGGGAAGGGUGUCAUCGCAGGAACCACUGUUGCCUCACAAAGAAUAUAUUCUUUUCAAGAAGCCGAAUACUGCGUCAAUAAAUCAAAUGAUUUUAAACAGAGUUAGGAGUUUGGGAUCGGCGCUUGUGCUUGUUCAAUCUAAUGUAGAUGUGUUAUACUUGGAGCAUGUAUUGGAUGAGGAGGAUGUUCUAUGUAUAGGUAUCUGUGGAGAACCGCAGAGUAGAACAGCAGCAUUAAAUAAGAUGGUGAGGGAGAAUAUCAAGGUAGUGGUUGCUACGGCACAAGCCAUGGUGGGACUUGAUGAGUUCGAAGCCAGAACCGUCUUGUUUGCAUAUUCAAUUAAAGACCCGAUAGAGUUGCUUGUUGGCAGUCAAUUGAGCAGUGGGAAGGUAGAGAUGGUGUUGUACAACACUAGUUCGUCUAAGUUUCAACGGGACUUAUUGGACAGUUGUGUUAAUAUAAUAUUGAUGAGACACAUGCGGUUAACGGAAGAAAGCUGUUAUGAUGCUGGUAAGGAGCAGUGUCAUUUUUGUGUCAACAAGAGAAGAAGAUUAGAAGAAAUUGGAUGA